GAGUCAAGCGGACUUUCGACACCAUUGUAGGCAACGACACGGACACCAAUGUAGGACGACGUGCUGCCAGUGAAGCAAUGCAAUGGACACUGACCCAGGCACCGAACAGGAUGAUGCCCAGCCGAGUGAAGGCAGUAGAGCAGAGUCGACAUACCGCACGUCGACCACGAGUCCCGAACCAAACGUCUACGCACACAAGUCGCUACGCAACCAAGACAGACCACGUCGCUGAGAUAGUACGCCAUACACGCAGCACAUCCGGUUGCCCAUCUGACCCAGUCAUUCCAGCCCAGAGGAACAUCCGCGAAGCAAAAGAGACCACACACAAAUCAGCCCCCACCAAAGAAGGACCGCCUCGUCAGAAGAACAGCCCAGAGCUCGACAGACAUACGCGCAAGCAAGUCCGCAUCAAGGACGAGGCCAGCAACGAACAAAUCAAGGACGCGCAGUGCCCAGCGCCGAUGAAAGAAGAUUGUUCCAAGGACCAUACCCGUGGCAGGAAUUUCAAACCUGGAAACACUCUGAACCAAUCGAGUCCUGGCGCAAUUCCUUUAGCCACUGUGACCAGUCGAGGCGCAAAUGUCUCUGAAAACGCUGCCAAACGUCAAAAGACAGGUCACGAAUUUCCGCAAAAUGACCUCGAUGGCAUGUCAGAUAUUGAUUUUUGGAAUCGCGGUAUGCAAGACCAGCCUCCGGCCACACUUGCAAGACAGCCGAGCGUCAUCAGCCUCAACAGUCAAAGUCAAGAGACCCCCAGUCAGAGAGCCAAUGCUUUCCAGCACAACGAGAUCCGGAAUGUACACGGGACAUUGAACUACAGCAAGAAGAAAAGUCGCAAGCCCAAGCCUGGUGAAACACAGCCGAACUCGCCGCCACACCAACACGGAACCCUCACUGACCCCGUUUCUGUCGACGAUAACGACGACGUUCAGAUUCUUGAAGGGCCGCGUGACCCGCCUCGGUCUACCCUCCAGACAGUUGUUCAGGAGUCACCUCGUGUCGAGGUCAGUGGCUAUUUCAGCAAGAAUACAAGGGUACCAGAAACCAGAGUCCAGGCCAAGCCUGCUGUGCAGGUUCUCGAUCGCGUAGAAAUCCCAACGUCUCGCUCACCACGCCUGGCCGCGACCUUUGUGAGAGACGAGGAAGAACCUGAUCAGGUUCCAGCGCCUCACCAAGCUCAGCCGAAGAUGAGAGACAGGAUGCAGCCGACAUCGAAUACUGCCCGUACCGUCAAACAUCAACCAUUCGUCGAGGAUUUGAGUGAGGAUGAAUUGUCACGCGGACCUACGGUGCAAUCAUCCGCUCAAAAGCCGAGGCGCACCGCACCCCAGCGAUUGCCAUCUCCAAAUGAUAUCAAUCCUACGCAGUUCACGACGAAGGCACGACGAAAGGUCGAGACCCGUGAUAAUAUCAGAAUUCUCUUGUCGUCACUACGUAUGAGAGCCGGCAAUUGGAAGCAGCUUUAUCUCGUCUACUCUUGGGAACACAAGGCUAUGCAAUUCGACAAGAACGGUGAGGCACUCUUCUACAACGGUGUGAAAAUCCAGCUCGGAAGUCAACACGCUCAGCAAGUAUUCUGCAGUACGGAGAGCUCAGCUGCCGUCAUUCUGGUUGGAGCCAAUGAUAACGAAGUCUCGCGCGGUCGGAUCUGGUUUGAGUUCUCUACCACAGAUGACUGCGAUUUGUUUCUAAGAGCCGUUGAUCAUAUGAACAGUAAAGCUACAACGCAUCUCACGCCAGCAGCCGAGACAACUGAUCCCGAACUGGAAGCGAUGAGCCAUCGUCAAGGCAGGAACACAAUCAGAGAGCGGGCAUUGGCGGCACAGAGCGGAUACCGACUUUCUGAACCUACAGGCCAAACACCCGCGCCACGAAUGACUCGCAGAAUGAAAUCUGACUACGCCAAUGAACCAACCAUUAAAGCAGCACCCGACCUUUCUUUGCCUCCGCCCACACCUCGUAUUGAUCAAGGCACGCCUGUGAGGAGUAGCCGAAGACUCAAGAGCAAAGAUGGUGGUAAAGUCGGACAUGCUUCAGAGCCGGAGGUCGAGCGAUGGACUGUAACACAUGGUGUUCCCAAGUGGGACGCUCCGCUGACAUAUCCCCCUGCUGGAACAAACAGAACUACGGUUGACGCUGAUGACAUUGCCCGAUUGGACGAUGGCGAGCUACUCAACGAUAAUCUUAUCUCAUUCUGUCUGCGAGAGAUGCAGGAGAACAAUCCGGACUUGAAGGGCAAAGCUCACAUAUUCAAUUCGUUCUUCUAUUCCUCCCUCACCACUUUACCAUCGGGAAAAAGAGGGUUCAACUACGAUGGUGUCAAACGCUGGACAAGACAGAUUGACUUGUUUAGCCAUCCAUUUGUUGCCGUCCCUAUCAACACUAACUACCACUGGUUUCUAAUCAUCAUCUGCAAUCUCGACAAGCUUGAACGAAAGCUCAAUCUGGAUGGUCUUGGAGACGAAAAAGAAGAGCCUGAAGCUGAACCACAGCCGACCGUUGAGGAGCCUACACAAUCUCAAGCGACAGUGCAGAACGACAUCGAGAUCCCUGAAUCGCCCCAGGAGGCCAAGGACGAUGGUCUAUCGCAGGGAGUGAAGCGCAUUUCUCUGGAUGCAUCUCAAGAAGAGGAAGAGGAAUUUCCUCCUCUUGGCAAGUUGAAGCCAGCUCCCCGCAAGGGUAGAAAACAGGCACCGCCUUUGCCAAAGAUGGACCCAAACACACCUGCCCUUAUUCUUCUCGACUCCUUGAGCGGCACACACGCUUCAGAAAUCAAGAAUCUGAAGCAAUACGUCGUUCAUGAAGGUCGCGACAAGCGAGGUUUGGAAUUUGAAUAUACCGAACUCAGAGGACUGACAGCUCGCGGUUUGCCUCAGCAAACGAACUUUUGUGAUUGCGGCGUGUACUUGAUUGGUUACAUGGAGGCCUUCUUGCGCGAUCCUACAGAGUUUGUGCGCAAGGUCAUGUCUCGCGAACUUGAUCACAACAACGACUUUGCCAACUUUGAUCCCUCGAAGAAACGAGCAGAGAUUCAGCAGAGUGCCGCCAAGAAGCAAAGGAAGAAAGAGAAGGCGCGUCUGCUGAAGAUGACCAACCAGGAAAACAGUUCCCAGAGUCCAGCUCCAGCUCCGACUCCUACUCUUAAGCAAAUGAGCUCGCCAAUGAAACCGCCUGAGGCGCAAACAGACUCUAGGAUGCUCGCCCAUGAAGCCGCCGCCGCCGCCGAUGCACAAGCCGAGCCCUUACAAGUCAAGUCCCUACAAGCCGUCAUCGGCUCGAAGAUCUCUCCGGUGGUGGAGCGAUCCAUCAAAGACGAGAUGUUGUUUGGCGGUGACGAUUACAACGACGACGAAAUCAGUGAGCAUGCCAGAUCUCACGCUCAUGACAACUACAGUCAUGGCCAAAAUGGCAUGACCCACGAUCAGCGAAACUCCUUCAGAUCGCCAAUGGCGUUUGAAGACGAGCUUCGGCAAGCCGUCCAAUCCUGCUCCGCA